AUGGCAAAGAAAUGGCAGAAGUUUGCUGCCACUCAAAGGAAGAAGAUUUCUUUUGAAAGGCUUAACAAUGAAGCUAAUAGCUGCAGCAAAUCCCCUGCAGUUAUCAAAGACAAUUUCGUAAUAUACACUGUUGACCAAAAGCGGUUUGUUGUUCCCCUGGCUUAUCUCGACAACGAAAUUAUUAUGCAACUCUUAGAAAUGUCUGAAGAAGAGUUUGGACUUCCGAGUGAUGGACCUAUUAUAGUACCAUGCGAUGCAUUACUUUUGGACUACAUCAUAUCACUACUCAGCCGCGGUGUUGGCAGACAAAUUCAGAAUGCUUUGAGCGUCUCAGUUGCUUCAUACCGGAGCACCUCAAGGGAGAAAUCAGGAAGUGCAUGCUAG